UUCACAGUGUUGCCCCUCACACAAGCGCCAGCCCGCGCUUCUCUACUCCCCCCAGUACAUCUCAGCAGCCGUCGUCGCGUCACUUCCGGAGCCCCGCGGGCGCUCGAACGCCGUUUCCGGUUGGCUGGAAGGAGCAAGGCCCGGAAUUCAUUCCCUGCUAUAGCGCUCGGUUACACGCCGGACUUUACCGGACAUCAGUAAGCCCCACUGAGAGCACAGGCAACUCAUCUCAAGCAAUGGAUUCCUUUGACCUUAAGGAUGAGAUCACUGAAGUCAUUGUUGACCCUGAUAUGUAUGAAGAUGCAUCAGGCUCCGAAAUAGAAUCGGAUCAGGACGACGACCAGAAUGGGGAAGACAACUACCAUGAGGAAAACCAGCGUGACUCUUCACCUCCAACUCACGGCAGAUCCCUGAGGAAACGCCAGCAGUACUUCUGCCCCGAGUGCGAGCGCUGUUUCAAAAACAACGCAGAGUUAGAAGGCCACCGCAAGAUGCACCGAGGGGACUUUCAGUAUCACUGUGAUAUAUGCGAUGAGAAGUUUAAGUACAAGUCUGAACUGAUGGUGCACCAGAGGGAACAUUCCAGCAAGUCCGAGGAGGACGUGGAUUAUGUAGUGCCGACCUUGAGUCCGCAGUCGAGCAGGAACUAUGACAGGAGCCCAGAGCGGAAACGAAACUUCUGUUUGCCUGUGGGGGAUAAGCCUCACAAGUGCAACUUCUGCGAGAAGAGGUUCAACGACAAGUCGAUCCUGGAAGCCCAUCAGAGGAUCCAUAUUGGCAAGCUCACGUACCCCUGUACAAAAUGCGACGAAAGCUUCUCCAAGGCUUCUCUGCUCGCCGCUCACUUCAACACCCAUAAGGACGGCAAGCCCUUUGAGUGCGACCAGUGUGACAAAAAGUUUAACGACCAUUCGCUCCUUGUUGCCCACAAGAGGACCCACACCGGAGAAAAACCGCAAAAAUGUAACACUUGCAACAAGUGGUUCCCCAACUCGGCUAGUCUGGCGGCGCACGGCGAGUGCCGCUCCAAGCCAAAACCCUAUCAGUGCAGGCACUGCGACAAAAGUUUUAACGACAAGGCUCUGCUGAUCACCCACGAAGGCGUGCACACAGACACUAAGCCAUUCAAGUGCACACAGUGCAGAGAGAGCUUUUACUUGAAGACGCAGCUGGUCGCCCACCAGUCGGUUCAUGCCCCGGAAAAGCCCUUCCCUUGCAGCCAAUGCGAUAAGAGCUUCAACAAGGAAGAGACACUGCAAGCUCACAUUCGCGUCCAUAACCUGCAGCGGAUGCAAGCACAGACCACAUACACCCCAUGAGAUCCCAGCAACUGUCAACUCUGCUUUGGACACGGCAUGGAUCAGCGUUAAUGUUCUAGUCCUCUCCCCAGAACUUCAGAUCAAUGUGAUGAAUCCAACGCAUACCCGUUGUUCACUUUCACUGCAGUGGUGGUGCAGGCCCUCUGUUAACUGGGGCCGGGUCCCUUAGCAACAGCAAACCAUUUUAGAACAGAUCUGCACAUACACAAUUAUCAGCAGUUGGGGAGUUUACCUCUUUUAUCAUGCCACCAAAUGUAUCACCGUUUCGGCAGGUGCAACAUUGAACCCAGUGUUUGUUUCCGUAGUCCAGUUAUUAGAGGAAAUUGUCCAAUAGGGCUAUUAGAAAAACCUUGUGUGGUCAAACGUCCAAAAAAAAGUCCUUGAAACACAAACCUCUAAAAUAUAUUUGAAUAUACAUUUUUUAUAUAAUAUGAAAAAAAAAUCAAUAUCUUUACACACUGCUAGUGGGGCUGUUACUUAUAUCUUAAAGGGAUACUCUCAUGGG